AGCUGGUACUGCAGAAGAGUGUUUCUUUUUGUUGAGGUGGAAAACGAUGCAGUUGUAUUCGUCUCUAUCAAGUCCACAAUCUUUGUCUGUUUUAUACAAAUCCAAGUCCUUCAACGGAGACAACAAAUCAGCGGCGGCUGUCUCAAUAAGCCCUCGUUUUAGAGCUUCCGCUGCUGAUGUGCCUGAUUUCCUCUCUGCUAAUUGGCUUGAAUCUCGUAGGAAGAGACCUUUCGGCCCCAGGCUGAACUUUAGUGCAGAAGAAGCAGUGCAGCACCAGCUUGAUGCAUUAAAGUACAACGAUCAGCCACGUCCAGAUUAUGGAAUCGAGGUCAUGUACAGGGGAGGGGAUGCCAUUCUCCAUGAAUUCCUGCAAAACAAAGGCCCUUCAAUGCCUAGGCCAGUACUCCGGAGUUCAAAGUGGCAUAUAGAUAGAAAAAUGAAUAGGAAAGUGAAGAUGACAGAGCUUGAUAAAACCAUCCAUGCGGGGUUUGCUGGGUUUGAUCCUUUUGAGAGGUCAACUUAUUUUGGACCAUUCUUCGAUUUGGGGCAGUUUGAAAGGUUUAGGCGGAUUUUUCACCAUUCAACCUAUCGAGUGUUGCUAGGUCACAAAGAGAGAAAGAUCUUAAGCAGUUUGAUGGUGAAGGAGAAUUGGUUCAAGCAGCGGGUUUGGAUACGAGGAAAUCGUCCAGAGGAAGAAGAAAUAUUUCAGUUUACCAUGGUUCAGAGAGUUGGUGGUUCAUGGGAUGGAUAUUGGCUGACAGAGUCUCUACAUCAUGAUGGAGAUGCUUUUGCUGGUGGCUUGGCCUACUAAACGCUCGAACAGCAGUGCAGCUGGGAAUGACAUAAUAAACAUUUUAUAGUCCUAUCAAAUAAGUUCGUUGUUUGUCUACUCAGUCUCUGCAUUAUGUACAUAUAUUAUAGUAAGUUGCGGUCAUGUUUGUCAACCCCUCCAACUGUUGUAAAUUAAAGCUGUAUGUACUGUUAUAUAGGACAAAUGACCAAUUUUCCCCUCUUCA